AAGUACAAAUAAAAUUUAUGAAUCGAAUUCCAUCUUUUUCGAAAUCAAAAUAUCACCCUAUCCUCUCCCUGUCUCUAUCUUUAUCAGUCUAUUUAUAUGAUUCCUGAAGGUUAAAAGUCCAUAAAUCAUAAAUCUAUACAGCGCCUUAUUCAAAAAAAAACAAUCACGUAUAUACUCCACUGAAAUCAAUCUGUAUUAUCACACAUUAAAAAUGAAUAGAAACAGGUUUCCAUGCAUCAUACUCAUUAUUCACUUCACAGUAUUAAUCUCAGCUCUGAUUCCGAAACCAUAUGAAUACAAUCAAACUACAACAAUACUGUGUAAUAUUAAUGAAGCAAUUGAAUUUAGACAUGACUACCACUCAUGUUUCAUUCUAAUGGAAGCAUUAAAACGAUUCUAUGAACAUUUAACAAUCAAUAACCCAGCCCCGUUAGCUUCGAAUGACAUUGCUAGCUGUUUUAUAACAUCACUGUAUGUGGAUAUGGAGCAGUCGUGUGAUGAGACGGAAAACAAACUUUGGCCAUCAUGAUGGAUGAGUCAUACAUGGUGAACAUAACUGAUGGGGUUAUAGAAAUAUCAUCACAAGAGAUAUGGGGAACACUACAUGCUCUAGAGACGAUUCUUCAACUCGUCUACAGAAGUGAAUUAGAUUCGGUUUGUUCAAUUAUCAUUUCCAGUUUCUAAGAUCUUAUUUCUAUUGACACUGGGCUGCACACAAUUCCGUUUUCGACAGAAGGUGAUUUAUCAAGGUGUUGUCAAUGAUGUGCCGAUAUUUACACAUCGUGGAAUUAUGAUCGACACUGCUAGACAUUUUCUGAGUAUUUCUGAAAUCGUGAAGAUGAUAGAUGCAAUGUCAAUGGUUAAAAUGAAUACUUCAUUGGCAUGUGACAGAUGAUGAAUCCUUUCCAUACAGCUUUUUCUCAUAUCCAGAACUCUCUACAUGGGUAAAGUUCUGAUGAACACGUCACAUAUAUAUAUUUUUAAGGGUUCUUAUGAUGAUAAAUCUACAGUUUAUUUACCAGAUGAAGUUAAUGCUUUGCUGGAGUAUGCACGUUUAAGAGGUGUACGUGUAAUACCAGAAUUUCAAACACCAGCUCAUACAAUGCGAUGGAACCUACUCAAUAUCCCAUUACUCACUAGAUGUUUUAAAGGCGAUGAACCAGAUUUUGCCUAUGGUCCUAUGAAUCCAACUGAAAAUAUCACUUAUACCUUUCUAUCGAGAAUUUUCAAUGAAGUGUUGACUGCAUUUCCCGACAGUAUGAUUCAUCUAGGUGGUAGUGAUGUAUCUUACGACUGUUGGAAAUCCAAUCCUUUCAUCCGGAACUUUAUGAAUGACAACGGAUAUGGGGAUGACUACACAAAACUGGAGAGUUAUUAUUUUCAGCGACUUAUGACCACUAUUCUAGGCGCGAAUUCAUCAGAAUGGACAACAUCACCAAUUGUUUGGCAAGAUGUAUUCGAGAAUGGAUUUCGUGAAGAAACUCCUGUUGUGAUUCACUUGUAUAAACCUGAUUGGGCACAAAUAUUGGAUGAAGUGACAAAAACCGGAUAUAGAGCUAUAUUGAGUUCAUGCUGGGAUUUGAGUGCAGUGGAACCUGGUGAUGAUUGGAAGAAAGUUUAUGAAUGCGACUUAAUUUCAAUUGAAGCUACAGAUGAACAGUUAAGCUUAAUAAUCGGAGGAGAAGCUCUGUUGUGGGGUCAAUACAUUGAUGAUGCCAACCUAUUCACUGAAACAUGGCCAUUAGCUGCAGCUGUUGCCGAACGUUUAUGGUCUCAAGAACAAUCUGAAACAGAUGAAUUCGCUCAACGUCUACAUCAGCUUCGAUGUCAAAUGCUGAAGAGAGGAUGGCCUGCUCAAGUAAUAACUGGACCUGGAUUCUGUUACCCGUAACUAGAAAAACCAUUGGUAUCUUCAUAAUGAAUGCACUUGUUAUAUUCCGUGUGUUAUAUCAAUUUACUGACUAUUUUUCUGUCAACAUCACUAUCUUUAUUCUGUGUAGUAACUUUUAUAAUACAUCAUUUU